GACGCGGGUACACAGAGAGACCCGGCUCCCGUCGGAGGCCGAGGCGUCGCGGCGGUCGCCCCCUCGGCGUCCUCGCAGGCCGGGCGCGGACCGGCCGCGUCGCCGCCGAGCUUGUCGCCAUGAGUCAGAGGCAGGUGUUGCAAGUGUUCGAGCAGUACCAGAAAGCCCGGACCCAGUUCGUGCAGAUGGUGGCGGAGCUGGCGACCAGACCCCAAAACAUCGAGACCCUGCAGAACGCGGGUGUAAUGUCUUUGCUGAGGCCUCUUCUUCUGGAUGUGGUCCCAACAAUUCAACAGACUGCUGCAUUGGCUCUUGGGAGACUGGCUAAUUAUAAUGGUGACCUAGCAGAAGCAGUCGUGAAGGGCGACAUUCUUCCACAGCUUGUUUAUUCAUUGGCAGAACAGAAUCGCUUUUACAAGAAAGCAGCCGCCUUUGUGCUUCGAGCAGUGGGGAAGCAUUCUCCUCAACUAGCUCAGGCGAUCGUGGAUUGCGGAGCCCUGGAUACACUGGUGAUAUGCCUGGAAGAUUUUGACCCUGGAGUCAAGGAAGCUGCAGCCUGGGCACUGGGUUAUAUCGCAAGACAUAAUGCAGAACUGUCACAAGCUGUGGUGGAUGCGGGAGCAGUUCCUCUGUUAGUACUCUGUAUCCAGGAGCCAGAAAUUGCUUUGAAAAGGAUUGCUGCUUCGGCCCUCAGUGAUAUUUCAAAGCAUUCUCCCGAGUUAGCACAGACCGUAGUGGACGUGGGGGCCAUCGCUCACUUGGCCCAGAUGAUCCUGAACCCCGAUUCCAAAUUGAAGCGUCAGGUCCUUUCGGCUCUCAGUCAGAUUGCGAAGCACUCCGUGGACCUGGCAGAAAUGGUGGUUGAGGCAGAGAUUUUCCCAGUUGUACUCACCUGCCUGAAGGACAAAGAUGACUACGUGAAGAAAAAUGCUUCUACUUUAAUUAGAGAGAUUGCGAAACAUACACCGGAGCUUUCCCAGCUGAUCGUUAACACGGGAGGAGUGGCUGCCGUGACUGACUGUAUCGGGUCCUGCAAAGGAAACAUAAGACUGCCUGGCAUCAUGAUGCUCGGCUAUGUCGCGGCUCAUUCUGAGAACCUGGCGAUGGCGGUGAUCGUCUCCAAGGCUGUGCCCCAGUUGUCGGUCUGCCUGUCCGAAGAGCCAGAAGAUCACAUUAAGGCUGCGGCCGCCUGGGCCCUAGGACAGAUUGGGAGACAUACCCCGGAGCACGCGCGGGCCGUUGCCGUCACAAACACUCUGCCCGUUCUGCUUUCGCUGUACAUGUCCCCAGAGAGUUCAGAGGAUCUUCAGACAAAGAGUAAGAAAGCCAUAAAGAGUAUCCUACAAAAAUGCACCUAUUUACCGGCCCUUGAGCCGUUUCUGUAUGAUGCGCCCCCCAAUAUCCUGAAGCACGUGGUUGGACAGUUCAGUAAGGUACUGCCACAUGACAGCAAAGCUCGACGACUUUUUGUAACAAGUGGUGGACUGAAAAAGGUUCAAGAGAUAAAGGCAGGACCCGGCUCUCUGCUCCAAGAAUACAUCAACAGUAUUAACAGCUGUUACCCGGAGGAGAUAGUAAGGUAUUACUCCCCUGGAUAUUCUGAUGCACUUCUACAGAGAGUGGACAGCUAUCAACCACUUGCCAAUUAAGCAAAGUUCUGUUUUCGUACUCUAAUUCACAACAGGGCAUUAUGAACAGUAGCUGAUAACGUUCUUGCCAAAUAUUUGAACUGAGCGCAUUCCAGAUUUAUUCAGUGUGAAAUACCUUUGGAUAAUCUUUUCUAAAUUUAUGUAAAAAAAAAAAAUUAGUGGCCUGAAUGAG